AUGAAUGAAGAUGAAGAACGCUUUCCACUGCCCCAGUUUGUGGAAAAGCUAACUUGUCCAAGCGUCAACGAGAGAAGGCUUAGUGCUACUACAGCCAGAAUACAGAAUUUGCAGAGCAUGGUCCUGAAAAAAAAAUAUCGAGAGUCUUCGCCCUUCACCUUAAUCAUGAUCUUUGGCUGCAAAUGGAGGGCACUCCUCAUCAUCGUUUAUUUUGUUCAUCUAUUAAUUCCAUCAGAAUGUGUGAACAUAUCUACCAUAGAUGACAUAUAUGACUCAAUCAAAGGCUUGCCAGAGUAUGAAAACUUAACUGCCUUUGAGAUCAAGGAUUUCUUUGACUUCCGAUCGGAGAACCCACUGCCAAAUGAUCUCCAGAGGACGCUGCUUGAAGCACGGCAAUACAACUUCGUACACGACGUGAUCGAAGAAAUUGCCUUUGUAGAAAAUACCACUUCUUCGACCCUUAUUGAGAGUGAUGAAUUCCUGAUCCCCUUACACCUGAAGUUUACAGAGAGGGACUGUACGCUCGGACCGACACACGGACAGUGUGCUGACGACCAAUACCGGUCUCUGGACGGCUCCUGUAAUAAUAUGGUGUACCCCACGUGGGGGAUGGCGGGACAGGUGCUGCGACGGUAUCUCUCUCCAGGCUACCAUGACGGAAUUGAGAUGCCUAUACAGCUGGACAUUUCCGGAGCGCCCCUCCCUAGUGCCCGUGAGAUCAGUAACCUGAUACACAGACAGGGUGACGUCAUGGACAUGAACGCUGUGCUGACGGUGAUGGUGAUGCAGUGGGGACAGUUCCUUGAGCACGAUAUCCUAUCCAUUCCAGUGAACAGAGGUAUAGACGGUGGAGUCUUGGAUUGCUGUGGGAAAGACAAAAAUAGUCGAGAAUGCUUUUCAAUUGAUGUUCCACCAAACGACCCGUUCUACAAAUCCCGAUGCAUUCCAAUGGCUCGUUCAACACCCGGUGUUGGACCAAUGUGCUACACAACAAAAAGAGAGCAACUGAACCUUGCCACGGCCUUCAUAGAUGGCUCGCAUAUUUAUGGCAAAGAUACAGACACUCUGAAACAGAUAGUGGAUCCACAAACGGGACGUCUUAAGGUCGAUGGCAACAACAUGAUCCCUGCAGCUGACCCCGUCAUAGAAAACUGUAUCCUUGAAAAGGGCUACGACUUCUGUCAAAAAACAGGUGACGAUAGAGUGAAUCUGAGUCCCGCUUUAUCUGCAAUGUACACAUUAUUCGUCAGAGAACACAACAGAAUAGCCGACAAACUGCGGUGCGUAAAUCCCCAAUGGCUUCCGGAGUUCGUCUUCCAAGAGGCAAGAAAAAUCAUCGCGGCUUUGAUCCAGCAGAUUACAUACACCGAGUACCUUCCGGUGAUCCUCGGCAAGGAGGAUAUGUGGCGGUACGGUCUGACCAUCAACAGUGAUGGCUACGACUACUCGGUGUACAAUCCCAACGUUAACGCUGGUAUCGCAAACAGCUUCGCCUCAGCCGCCAUCAAAUUCAUACACACUCAAAUACCCAGCAUGCUCGGCUUCUUCGAUAACGAAACUGUUUACGUCAACUUAGAGGAAACGUUUCAUAGGCCGUGGUAUGCACAGCAAAAUGGCGGCAGAGGAAUGGAGGAGAUAAUGGAAUGGCUGGUUAAUGAUGCUCAACCGGAAACUAAUAGAUUUUAUGUUCCCGCCGUCAGGGAUUCCUACCUGAAGGUCAAUGGAAGUGGCCUUGACCUAGCCGCCAUAGACAUCCAGAGAGGUCGUGACCACGGGCUGGCGGCCUACAACUCUUGGAGACGGUUCUGUUCUCUCCCGAUCGCUGAGAAGUUCGAGGACCUGCUGGACCAUGACCCGGAAAUGAUUCAAAAACUUCGAGAUGUCUACAAAUCCCCAAUGGACAUCGAUCUUUUAACUGGAGCGUUGACGGAAAGAAAACGAAGUGGAAUGGAAGUUGGGCCCACAUUUGCUUGUAUAGUUGGUUUACAGUUUAGCGAACUGAAGAAAGGAGACAGGUUCUGGUUUGAAAACCCCGAUCCACGGACUGGGUUCACCAUGAAGCAACUGAGCGCAAUCCGGCGGAUGUCCCUGGCUAAGAUAAUGUGUAAUAACCUAAAUAUAGAGAGGAUUCAACACCGAGUGAUGUUCCUACCUUCCGAGGAGUUCCACCCGCGGAUAGAGUGUUCUGAAAUCCCGGAUCUGGAUUUCCGGGCCUGGCAAGAGGACCCGACAGUGACCUCACAAUGUUAAGGAGGACUUGUAGAACAUUCGACGACAGUGUAGCGUAGUGUCAUAAGAUCUGGCUCCAGUAGUGUAUGAAUACCCGUGCCCCUUUAUUGAGAUCAGUAUCGUAAGAUAACUUGGUACCUAGUGUAUAUCACACAAUGGUAAAUGGUUUAUCGCUAAAAGUAGCUAAAACAAGUUUUGUAUUAUUUGGUUGAACCUAUUGUAUAACCGCAGAAAUUCAAUCCCCGCAUUUGUAGUCAAAAUGAAAGCAGAAGUGUAAGCAAAAUAUAAUGAUUGAUCCACUAUCACAGAUAAUCGCAAUAAUACCAACCAAUUCCCACGUCAUUUGUUAUACAUUUGAUUUUAGAAUAUAUCUUUAUAAUGCGUUGAGAAUUUUCAUCUGUAACGGUGAUGGUCUCUGCAUAUUUUGAUAUCAUGCGCGAAAGUUUGGCUUUAACGAUCAUUUUAACAGUUUAAGUUACUCAUUAUGAUAUAACAAAUUUGUUGGUUCAAGCGAUAAGUUUCUGCAUUGUACAUCUGUUGCGUUUAUCGAUCAGAUAUCAUAAAUCUGCGCUUCAUUGCGUUCAGCGAUAAGUUUUUUAAAAAUAAUGCGCGUCAAAUGCAAGUUAUCAAUCUGCGCAUCUAUUGCGUUUAGCUUCAGCGAUAAGGUAUGAUUCUGCGCGUCAACAGCUUUUAGCAUUGGUUCUCAAUCUGCAUAUCAACUGCGAUUAGCUUUAGUUAUAAGGUAUUAUUCUGCGCGCCAAUUGCUUUCAGUUAUCAAUAUGCGCAUCAAUUGCGUUUAACGUUAGUAAAUAGGUACUAUUCUGCGCGUCAGUUGCUUUUGGUAAUCAAUCUGCACAUCAAUUGCGUUUAGCUUUAGCAAUAAGUAAUGAUUUUGCCUUCUGCGGUUCUGAUGGUAUGAUUCUGCGCAUCAAUUGCUUUUAGCGAUCAGAUAUGAUUUUGAGCAUCAAUGGCAUUGAGCGAUAUGGAAUGAUUUUGUUCGGAAAUUGCAUUUUCUGAUAAGGUGAAAUUCUGCACGUCAGUUGCCUUAUACCAUAAUUAUGAUUCUGAGCCUCAUUUACCUUUAGCUGUAAGGUAUGAUUUUGCGCGUCCAUUGCAUUUAAUUAUAAGAUAUAAUUCUGUGUAUAAAUUGCAUUUAGCGAUAAGGUAUGAUUAUGCGCGUAAAUUGCAUUUAGUUAUAAGGCAUGAUUAUGCGCGUAAAUUGCAUUUGGUGAUAAGGUGAAAUUCUGCGCGUCAAUUGCUUUUAGGUAUGAUUCUGUGCAUCAAUUGCAUCUAGAAAUAAGAUAUGAUUGUGCGCGUUAAGAGCACUUAAUGUCACAAGGUAAAUUCUGCGCGUCAAUUGCUUUUAGCCAUAAGGAAUUGUUCUGUGUAUCAAUUACAUUUAGCGAUAACGUAUAACUCUUCGCGUCAGUUGCAUUAAGCAAAAGAGAAUGAGCAUGCGCAUCAAUUGCUUUUAGUGAUUUUGUAUAUUUAUGAGAGCCAAUUGCUAGUGAUAUUGUAUAAUUCUGCGCGUUACAGUUACUGCUUCUGUAUACUUUUGCGCAUCAAUUGCAUUUAAUGAUACGAUAUGAUAUUGGCCGUCAAUUGCUUUGAUCAAUUAAUGACAUUUCUGCGCAUCAAUUGUUUUAACCGAUCAAUUUUCAUUCAUCUGCGCCUCAUUUAUUUCAGCGAUCAGUUAUGAUUAUACGAAACAAUUGCCUUUAAAAUCAACCAUGGCCCUGCGCGAAAGUUUAUGUCAGCGAUUAAGUAUUGUCCUUUCCGUAAGAUGCUUUCUGUGACUAUUAUUUCUUAGUUUAAAGUUAUUUCAAGCGCCAGUUACUUUUGAUAAUCAGCUUAGAGCUGAAAUUGCUUUGAGCAGUUAGUUACGAUACCCCAAGCGUGUGGAUCUAGAUCUUAAGUCCUUCAUAAUAACUCUAAAUGUAGUUUUCUACGGCUUUCAAAAUGCGUCCUUCGCAAACUGACGCCUUCAGUGUUGACUAUGACAUGUGCGUCAAUUGCUUAAAUUCCCAUUUCUGCACGGCGUUUUCUUUCAACAUUUCCUUCCUUUCCUAGUUCAUAUUGAAUGCAAGUUGCGCCUUUCAUUAGCGUUCAUUAUUGACCACAUAGGUCAAAUUACAUAAGAUUUUGAAGAAAAAAAAUCUUGCGCGUCAUGCAAAUCCUGGGGUUUCUAUUGCUAACAUGUCGGUCAAUUUAUACAGGUUUGCUUAGCUUUGUGCGUUAUUUUGAUGACUUUGCGUCUAAACUGAAAUAUGCAUUCAUUUAAACUGAUUUCCAUUGGUUGUUCAAAGCAUUUAUUUGAGGCGUUUUAAAGCGUCCACUAAUUGAUCUUACCCCGCACAUUAAUUGUAUAUGUAUUUUGCGUUUUCAGCGUCAUAUUUACUUGUUCCGCGCGUCAUUUGAAUCUUGCGUUUUGAUUGUCAUGUCAGCACCCAGGCCAUACACUUGAAAAUGUUUUAUGGUCAUUGCGAUCUUAGAAUAUCUAGGGCAAUGGUUGUUUCCAGAAUUCACAUUGUGUUCUUUGAUUUUCCUUUUGCCAAGCAUAUCUUCAUGAAACUAGUACAUGUAGUUCUUUUUAAGUUUCUUAACUACUGAAGCAUUUAGAUUUUUUGCCGCAAUAAAAUGUGUGUGCAUUACUGUAAACCAAUUUUCAUUUCGCGAUUUAUCUGAGAUAAAUUGGUUCUCGAGGACUAAUUUUCGCGAUGAAGGUGUAGAUUAUCUAAACAAUUGUUUUCCAGAGACAUUUAAAGGCAAAUUCGCGGAGAGAAAAAAUUUCGAACCUCGCGAAUUUUUUUUUCUCGCACGCGAAUGGAACUUGAUUUACAGUAUUUGCAGGAUGUUUUAUUCAUAUUUCCAUAAGAUAAAUUUGAUUAUAAUUUUUCAUCUAUUCUUGAUCAAAAACCUAAUCAUCAAUGUGUCCAUCAAAUAGUAAUCAUCGUUAGGGCGUAUUUUAACAUGUAUACUUUGCUAUUCAUUGAACAUAUGUAUCGGACAAAGGAGAUAUAUACAAUAUUACUGAUUUUAUUAUUAAUAACACAUGCAGUAACAUGGAAGUAUUUCAGCGGAAUUAUUUUUGUUGUUUUCCGUUGGUUUUUUGUGUAUUUUGUGUGUGUGUGUUUUGUGUUUGUGUGUGUUUUUUUGUUUGUUUUUUUUGUUUUUGUUUUUUUUUAUCAUAAUUAUAUGUACGUACAUAUUUAUUUUUCCUUUUAAUGUUGAAUAUACUUAUACUUUCACUUGAAUCUUGAGUGUUUCUUUCCGCAUAUUUGAUUUUGUACGAGUGGAUUGUUGAAUAAAUGAUAUC